AUGGCGCAGGAUGAGGUCUUUGAGACGUCGUCAGCAGCAUUUCCAUCCGCCAUCUUUGGCGCCUGUCCUGCGAUCGCACCUACCUGGCCGCCGCCGGUGACGACAAUAGUAAGCGUGAUCGCGGGAAUCCGUCGUGGAGCCACGGUCACGUCGACUCUGGAAGGAUCUCCCAUGCCAGUCCCUACACAUUUUGCCAGUGUCACAACAACGAGGUCCCAAGCAGUACCUCCGCUCUUGACUGCCGCUCCUUGCACCGAGAUUCGUCUGGCGUAUAUCUACGACAGCGAGAACAACCCCAUUAUCUUUCCCGAAGUCGGGUGUGGUUAUGGGAGGCAAGAGUGCUGUGCGUAUGGGUUCAACGAAGGAGUGCUUCUCGACCAAUGCCCGGGAAAUUACACCACCCAGGUGUCGGGGACGUACAGCGCUUGUUGUCCCAUGUUAGGAAACUAUACCCUAUUCAAUUCCGCGAUCGGCGGACAGACUCCAUGUGCGUCAUCGGUGACGGGAACGGUCUUUGUCGCCGCCUCGCCGUUGACCGACAUCAACGAUCGCGAGAACAUGGACAACGUAUUUGCGUACAGCAUCCCGAUCUCAGGUCACGCGAAGCAUACAGUCAAUCACGCCGCAAUUGCGGUGCCGAUCGUGUUCGGCUUUGUAAUUUUGUUGAUCUUAGUCGGUGCGAUAGUAUUGCGAUACAGAAGAAAGCGGGCGGAGCGCUCGCAUAUUCCGAUUUCCAGACCGGCGGACCAGCCUGUGUCUAAACAGGUCUCGCCACCGCCUAGAGCAGCCAUCGUCGCCAGGAAAGCGUUUGACGCUGGUGAGCGUGAGGUAGAAGGCCCACCACAGUAUCUAGCCGAACUCCCAGGGGGACCACAUCACCCUCUCUUCGACCCGGUACUGCGGAAGGGCGAGAAUAUGUCUCACGGCAGCGAAGAGCUGCGAUCUCCGACGGUGAGUAGUUGUACCGCACCUCCAUUGAGGCUACAGGGAAAAGAUAUGCAAUACAUGUAG